AUGGAUGGUGUGAACUUUACGAUAGAUGGUGUGGACUUUAUGAUGGAUGAUGUAAGCUUUAUGAUAGGUGGUAUGGACUUUACGAUAGGUGGUGUAGACUUUACAAUAGGUGGUAUAGACUUUACAAUAGGUGGUGUGAACUUUACAAUAGGUGGU